AUGAGUAAGAAAAGAAGAAGCCCGUCCUGGCACGACGCGGACGAGGAGAGGGCAUGGUUAGCCCGAAAGUCCAUAGUUAGCGGCUACGAAGCCGAUGAUGAGAAGAUGUCACUUGAUGGCGAGAGCGGAACUGUGACUAUUGAGAGUGACCCGUUCCGGGCUCUGUGCUGGGAUUGCGGAAGUAUGAUCCUCGAGCAUCUGGAUGUGCUGGACCUGCUCCAGUGCGAGCAGGUAAAUAAAGGGUGGAGAGAAUUCGUGAAGCAUUGGAUAGCCGUGAGAGGGUAUUUAUUUUUUCCUGAGACCUGGAAGCCUCAUCUACGAGAUGUGGAAGAUGUCGAUGAGAGACUGACGAGAGCGGAGGAAGCUGCCGUGAAGUAUGCACAAUACCUCCGCGUCAAAACAGGCCGAGCCUCUGGAGUCCGUGAGAUCAACAGCGCAACAAGCUUCAAGGUCGCCGGUGACUUCGCCGUUUGGACGGUUGGCACGAAAGUCCUCGGGCGGCGUCUGGGAUUUCAAGAAAAUGGCGCAACGUAUCCCACAAGGACAUGGGAUCUCACAGUUGAGCUCACCACCGCGCCCGGGACCUCAUGGGUUUACCAUUCGGUUGACCUGCAGGUUGGUCCUGGCGGCCAUGUCCACAUGCGGAUUUUCCGCGACGGAGAAUUUGAGGACCGCAUGAUGCUCAUUCAGACAGGUGAAGAACUGUGGCGCAAGACAUACCCCGUCGUGACGUUCAUGGGCCACCACAACGUGAUUCUAGCAAUGUCCGAAACAUCCAUGUACUCGGCGAGCAGAAUGCACAACUCGGACGACCAUUGCUACUACUACGUCCACGACCUGAACACCGGCGACGUAUGGCACUGGUCCCAUCUUCCUGAUUUCACGCUCGCCCAGUUCCCGCCCCUCUGCUUACGGCGUAUUCGAACUGGAGGUCAGGAACGAGACGUCCUGGUAGCAUUCAGCUUUGCCGAGGACCCGUCCGCACCGAACAGCUGGCCUGGAUUCAAUAUGAGAGGGUGCGGCCCAGGACACCUGGAUGGCCUGCGAGUAAUCGACUCACUGACCGGGGGAGUGCUCCAAACGGUUCGGUUCCCGAUCUGUUCGUCCAAGAUCUUAUACGUCGAUCCGCCCCAACUACUGGCGUCUCCUGAAAACAAGUCUGAGAUUGCUGUUGUCUGCCGCCAUAGAACGCAGGACGGUGGGUUCGUCUUCAAGGUCGACAGAUUCUCCUUCGACGCGGCUGGGACGCUCUACAAAGCGCGCACGGAGGCUAUGCGGCAUAGACCUGAUGCGCACUGCGAUGCGAAUUGUGCAGACACCGUUGACUUUACCGACCAUAGCAGUCUCUCCAUCGACCCAUUUCGAUACAUCUUCCUCAACGCCAAAUCCACCCAACACGAAGACAUGCCCGCGAUCAGCGCAAUAGAGCCUUGUGGGGUGUUUGACGCGGUGGACGACGAUGGCGACCCCAUUCAUACAGAUGUCAAGGUUGACGCGUGGUUCCAAGAUGGAUCUUGCACAAAGAUUUCUGUCCCCGGGAAUUCAUCGGAAUUACAGAAUAGCGCAGCUCUGAUGAGAGAGCGAAGCACGACUGUUAAUACGGUCUACAGGCUAGAUUGUGUUGGCGAAAACAAGUUGCUGUUGCUGUAUGAGUCCUGGGCUGUUCAUGAGCAUGAUAUCUUGCAUUAUUUGUUUGACUUUGACUUUCGUCGUCGGGUCGAGGAUCGCUUGGAGGCGGAUGAGCACGAGGAUACGUCCAUGUCUGAGCUCGUUGAUACGACUGGAUCUUCGGAGUCGACUGUCUCAAGCACUUCAGAUAUGUCGUGGUAG